ACGCAAGAAUGACAGCUGCUAGCACCGCCCAUAUAUGCCUAGACUGAUUGCCCGGACCGGAUGUGGGCGUGCUUAUCUCGGAGCUCGCAUCACAGCUCGAAGGCUUUGUAACAGCAAGCGGCAGCAGGAUUAGAACUGUGCGGACAGCAAGACAUCCUUCACUUCGGUCUGUUUAAAGUCGACGCGGUUUGUGGGGAGCAGCUUCACCAUGGUAACACUGGAGAUGAAUUUAAACAUCCUAACCAGAGAUCUCUCGCUUUACCUGGAAAAUCAAGUCAAAGUGGGCAUCCUUGGCUCGGGUGUGGGCUUGUCCUUGGUACUCGGGUUCAGCGCUGCCUAUGCCUUUUACUACUUGAGCGUUGUGGCCAAGAAGCCUCAACUGAUCACGGGAGGUGAGAAGCUGUGCCAUUUUCUGAAGGCCCAUUGUCCUGUUGUUUCUGAGACAUAUUAUCCCACUUUCUGGUGCUGGGAAGGAAGAAUUCAGACUUUGAUAAGGCCAUUUAUUACAGCCAAGCCCUGGGUUGAAUACAGAAAUGAGCUCAUUAAGACAGCAGAUGGCGGCCAGAUUUCACUGGAUUGGUUUGAUAAUGAUGACAAUGCACACUAUCCCGAUGUGGCCACACGCCCUACAAUACUUCUACUGCCUGGACUUACAGGGACCAGCAGAGAGUCCUACAUUCUGCACAUGAUCAAGCAGAGUGAAGAGCUAGGAUACAGGUGUGUUGUAUUUAAUAACAGGGGUGUUUCUGGAGAAAGGCUUUUGACUCCAAGGACAUACUGUGCUGCAAACACGGAGGAUCUGGAGGCAGUUAUUGAUCACGUCCAGGAGAUGUUUUCAUCAGCUCCUCUAAUGGCAGCUGGUGUAUCCAUGGGAGGAAUGAUGCUGGCAAAUUACUUGGGGAGAAAGGGCCGGGAGACAAGUCUCAGAGCAGCAGCAGUGUUUUCAGCUGGCUGGGAUGUGUUUGAAUGCACAGCCUCCCUUGAGAAACCCUUCAACCGAUUCCUUUUUAACUCCUACCUCACCAGUUGUUUGCAGGCUUCUGUCAACAGGCAUAAGCAAGUGCUGGAGAAACUGUUUGACAUUGACAGUGUGAUGAAGGCUAAAACAAUCCGAGAAUUUGAUGAGCGAUUUACAUCCGUCAUGUUUGGCUACAGCACCAACGAGGAGUAUUACAGAGAUGCCAGCCCAUGUCUCAAGCUGAAGUCUAUCCAGAUUCCUUUGCUAUGCCUGAAUGCAGCUGAUGAUGUAUUCUCUCCUGGUCAUGCGGUUCCUGUGGAAGCUGCCAAACAGAACCCAAACAUUGCAGUUCUUCUCACUGCCUAUGGAGGCCACAUUGGAUUUCUGGAAGGAGUAUGGCCAAGACAUAACACUUACAUGGACCGUGUCUUCAGGCAGUAUAUUCAGGCAGUGUUUCAGCAUGCAAACCAACUUGUAAAGCUUUAACGUUACAGAUAUAAAAACUAGAACAUCUUACCUUGUAUUGCCAUGCAAAAAAUGUAUUUAAAUAGAGUAUACUGUUAAGGGCACAUCGUUGUAAAUGCACAAUAAUCUUUAUAUGUCCAUGUGCAUUUAUACACAUGGACAGUACAAACAUGGUAUGUACAUAUAUAUGUGUAUGUAUGUGUUUUAACAAAGACACUAAAAGUACUUUAAAUAACCACUUGAACUUCUACCAGCAAGCAGCCUGUGAUUAUGAUAUGAUUAUGAUUAUGAUCCAAGCAUCACAACUUUAAAAUGAGUUCAAAAAAACUCUUGAUUGCACUUUAUUUCAAAUCACUGUUCACCUCUUUCUUUAUGAAGGCAAGAGCCAGUGUUAGAUGUAUUUAGUCAUUUUAGCAAAAGCUCAAAGAGCUUCUGAGUACUGUACAGUAUGUAUGUCCUUGAGGUGUAGUUUACUGGAGAAUAAGUUACAGUAUUCACUAUUGUGAGAUUUGUUGUACAGGUUUGUUGUAAAACAAUAAAAAACAAAAUCAGAAAAUCUCACAAAAAUAAAAUGCAUUUUUAUUUGUGCAAAAAAGUCUGACUUCUCCAUGAGGGACGUCAUAAUAAAUUAUAAGAAGGAAGUGUCAAACUUUGAAUUGUAUAAACUUGUUUGCCACAUUGAAGCAGAUAGACUAUGACAUAAUCAUUUUGUGUUUCUAAGAUUUUCUUAAUCUUCAUUAUCAAAGUAUUACUCUUUCUUGGUCUGAUAGUCUUUUGUUAAUAAUGUUCGUUACUAAGAGGGAGAGGAAUAAAGCUGAUAAAAGUAAAGCAUUUUGUGAACUUCCUCAUGUUGUAGCACUCAUUAUUAAAGCUUGUGUAGCACAUGCAAACACAUCCCGCCACAUCACUCACUGCCUGCUACGACUCCUCGGUGUGAUCGUCCGUUGCAGAGUUGACCACAUGAUUUUAUACUUGAGGAUGACUAAAAGGGUACAACUCACUUCCCCAGUUCAGUUUGUCAUGACUGUGUCAAGUGUACCUCUUUUUUAAUAAGUGACAAAGUUAGUAAGUUACCCAGUUAGUCACAAUUUAUGCUGAAAUGAAACACUUAUCAAAUAAAUGCAGAGCAACUACAGUUUAGUAAAAAUGUUCAAAGAAAACUGCUACAUAAAACUAAAGAAAUAUAAUCAUCUUUUUAAUUGAUUUAUACAUGCAAAAAGAAUCAUAUACUCAAGUUAAACUCAAGUAAUUGACCUUUAUUAUACAGGAAUUUACAUAUUAGACUUUUCUAAGCAAAGCUGAAAAUUCUCAUUCCCCAUUGAUUCAAAUUGUGUACAACUAUUGUCCAUAAAAUGACUUACAAUGUGUAUUAUGUAAAUAUAAUUCUGCAUUAUUGUCUUUGUUUACCCUUUGCUUACCCAUAUUCCCUUCAUUAUCUCAUCUAAACCUGGAACAAACUGCCAGGACUACAAUAAAAAUAAAUCAUAAGAAUUAAGAAAGUGACUUCCCACAGUCAAAUAUGUUAAUUUUAUUGUUUGAUAUGUGCAAACUGAACUGUUCAUAAUACCAUAUUAGUAUUAAGCUGAUUUAAAACCUUUCUCCUUUAUCGGCACACAAAAUGUGUUGCUACCUUGACUGCCAGACACACAUGCAUUUGUUAUGUUAUAUUCAGUAUGUGUCUGGAAGUAGGCUGUUACCCAAAACGUGUUAUUGUCGUAAACAGUGAUGAACACUAGCGUUUGACUAUUCCGUUAAAACUGGUAUAUCAAAUGUUCAUGUGCAGAGGGUGGCACUGAUGCAUAGAUAGUCUCUGUCUGCAUGAGGACGUUCCUCACUGGACACUGGCAUACUGAGGAAAGGUGCGUCAAUUACUUCAACAAGAAUUGGUGCACCAGGAAGAAUAGUUAGGGACUUAAAAAGUUCAAAUAAAGGGGUUCAGUGUUCUCUCUUGAAAGUAAUAUUUAUAUAGACAAAAUGAAUGUAAUGCUAUAAAAAUGCCUUUUAAAGAUAAAACGUACAUGGCUUAAUGAUUCUAUUACUAUAAAUGUCUAAAGUAAAUUCUUACUUGCAUGCACAUAUAAAUGUAUUAUUGCCAUAAAAGAUCUAUUUUUGUGCCACUAAAAAUUUUCCACCUGUCAUUAAUCCUGCUCAGCAUUUUGCCUAUUUUCAUAGAUUUAUGCAAAAUGUGCAAUAGCAAGAAAAUAAAAAAGUGCAAUAGUCCAAGACUUGUGUUGAAUCAAAGAUGAAAAAUGUAACGUAGUUCCAAAGUACAAAAGAGCACUUUGAAGCUGUAAUUAGCUCUACUGUACCUAACUGCAUGCAACUUGUUGGGACAGUUUACACCUGCACAUGAAGCUAUGAAUGCUUUAUAGGGAUGUUAUAUUCAAUAUGUAAUACUAUACACUUAUUAGCAUUUAUUAGAAAAUGAACGCCGGAAACUGUAUGGAAUUGUUUGUUCUUUUAAAAGCAAAGAGAUGCAUGCAGUCUCACUAGAAGGAAUUUAAGAGACUGCAUUCUGUCUCUUUUGCCCUAUAAAUGUAUCCUUACCUGUUGAAAAUAAAGCAGAAUGGUGUUAUUGUGCUAAUUCCCCAUCUGAUACUAUUAUUUUCAUAAACCAGUUAUUUACUACGUCUUAAAAAGCUCUUUAGUCUGACUCAAGUGAAACUUCACAAUUCUGUAUUCAUAUUAAUAAAAUGAAUGAGUCAACUUUGUUUUUGCUAUACAAAACACUUACAAAUUGUUAGCUAUAGAAGCCAAGAGACCUUUUUAUAUCUUGAGUUUAAAUUCACUUACUUGGACUUAAAGGAAGGUGAUGACUUGUUUUAGGCUGUUUUUGUCUAAUUAGCAGCUUUGUUCUUAAUGUUUAAUGCUUUACUGUGUUGUGAAGCAAAAUGCUUUGUAAUUUAUGUAUUACUGCACAUGAAAGAUGCAGCACUUGGAACUAUUUUCUAUUGAAUUUCUGCCUUUAAUGUCUUGUCAUGUGUUUAAUCAGAUUAAUUGUAAUUUUUAUAUGAAUAAUGAAAGGUAUCAGAACUUUAUUCAUGCCAGAGUGAAAAUACUGUAGCUGUCCUGAAUAUGAGUGGAAAUAGUAGUGGAAGCUCAACUUUCGUGUUUAGAGAAAGAGGGUUUGUUUUGUACUUGUUCAAUGUUUGUACCUUUUGCUAUCUGACAUUGAAGAAUGAGGUAAUGUCUGUGAAGCUGAAUGGUGGCGACGUCUAUGAAGCUGCCCUGGUGGUAUAAGUCUGAAGGGAGGGCAUGAUAGAUACCUCUGACCAUGGUUAUUAGUUGCAUUCUGACCAGAUAGUGGCCAGAUCUUCUAUCAAAUUACUUUGCUUUAAAACAUGGCUAAAUUAUUGACUGCAACUACUAAAGAGAGUUAUUUAUAUCUCCAAACCUUGCCCACUACAGAAUAGAACAAUGUGUUAAUCCAACUUAAAAUAAGACAAAAAGAAAAACUAAAAUAUUUCACGUGGGCAGUAGCUUAGUUCACUUUAGCAGUCGAUCUACGUUCCUACCCUCACCUAUGGUCAUGAGCUAUGGGUAGUGACCGAAAGAACGAGAUCGCAAAUACAAGC